GCAGAGGCACCGGGAGAGGAUCCGCCGCUCGGUUCAGUGUAAUCCCGUGUCUUCCCCGGCUCACUUAGUCAGUCGUCCGCCAUGGCGACAGCAGGAAGCCUCCUCUCCGGUCCUAGCUGCAUCUAAAACUUAAACCGGGCUUCUUUUCACAGUCUUUAUCGCUGGACUUGGAUUUAAAAACCUCCUUUCAGCUGGGAAAUACAUAACGCGUGGACAAGCCUGCAUUUCCAGAGAAGGGCACACAUAUACCUUUGCUGUAUGGAUCUGUGCAGACGCCGCAGUCGCUGAUGUGUCGUUGCUGUAGUGCUUCAUCCCUGUCCCGGGCAUUGAGCAUUGCAGUACAUAAUGGCAGAGCAAGACCCCGUGCCAAUGGCCCAAGGAGCAGGGCAGCGUCUUGGAGCCCCAGAGACUCUUGGCAUCAGUACACUGGACCCUGGACACAGACCCCCGGCCAUGCCCCCCGGACGACAUGUCACCAUAAGGGUCCGUAUGCUGGACGACACAGAGGAGGACUUUGACAUCUCGCAAAAAGCCUCGGGCAAGGUGCUGUUCGACCUGGUGUGCUCCCACAUGAACCUCAUUGAGGGCGACUACUUCGGUCUGGAGUUUCAGAAUCAUCAAAAGAUGAUUGUUUGGUUAGACCAUAUCAAACCGAUUAUCAAGCAACUCAGACGGCCGAAGCACACAAUCUUGAGAUUUGCUGUGAAGUUUUUCCCUCCAGAUCAUGCCCAGCUACUGGAGGAGCUAACAAGAUAUCUGUUUGCCCUGCAGAUCAAACAGGACGUUUCCUGUGGACGUCUGACCUGCAACGACAGCAGCGCGGCACUGAUGGUCUCUCAUAUCAUCCAGUCUGAGAUUGGGGACUUUGAGGAGAGCUACUGCCGGUCACACCUCCUCAACAACAACUACAUCCCUGAUCAGAUGCCCCUGAUUGACAAGAUCAUGGAGUUCCACUCAAAGAAUGUAGGUCACACACCAGCUGAAUCAGACUAUCAGUUAUUAGAAGUGGCGCGCAGGUUGGAGAUGUACGGGAUUCGACUUCAUCCUGCCAAGGAUCGUGAAGGCACGAAGCUAAGCUUAGCCGUGGCACACACAGGCGUCCUGGUCUUUCAGGGUCACACGAGGAUUAACGCCUUCAACUGGUCUAAAGUGCGUAAACUAAGUUUCAAAAGGAAGCGUUUCCUUAUAAAGCUGAGGCCAGAUCUAAAUAGUGCAUAUCAGGACACUCUGGAGUUCGUGAUGGCCAGCAGAGACUGCUGUAAAAUCUUCUGGAAGGUCUGUGUUGAAUACCACGCCUUCUUUCGCCUCUUUGAGGAGCCCAAGCCCAAGCCAAAGCCUUUGCUCUUCACCCGAGGCUCCUCCUUCAGAUUCAGCGGUCGCACACAGAAGCAGGUGAUUGAUUACGUAAGGGAGUCAGAGUUUAAGAAGAUCCCGUUUGAAAGGAAACACAGUCGAGUACAACACAACAGUCGGGUCCAACAGAACAGCCGCCUGUCUCCUUUGCCUUCUCCACGCCACCAUGAAGUGCCAACAGAACAUGGUGCUCCCAGGGUAGAGUCUCCUCAUCGGCGUCAUUGGACGGAGUCAGCGUUGGUGAGCGCAGAAGACCCCACGGCUUCAAGAACAACAAGACUGAGCCCGGUUCACCAGAGGAACGGCCACGACGACAGAGGCUCUGUGUCCAGGACGGAGGAGAGAACGGGCUCCAUACGGCAGACUCAUCCAGAACAUCUGAAUACAGGAGUGGUAGCAAACAGCCCUCGCCUGUCUGCAUCCUCUGGUCACUCUCACGGGAUGGUCAACGGUCAGAAGUCUCUGGAGCUGUGCAGCCACAGUCCCGACGGCCGGCUACCUUCCCCACUGACCAGCCCGCUGCUGAAUGACGCCGGCAGCGUUCGCACGGAUGAUGAAGACGAGGUUCGGAGGAAGAGGUUCCCAACUGAUCGGGCCUACUUCAUCGCCAAGGAGCUCCUGACCACAGAGAGGACGUAUGCGAAGGACCUGGAGGUGGUGACUGUGUCUUUCCAGAGUGCUGUGGGACAAGACGAAGCCACUCCAGACUCCCUAAAGAACACCCUCCUCUCCACUUUCGAGCCACUGCACAAGUUCCACACAGGUUUUCUCAGGGAGGUGGAGCAGAGGCUCGCACUCUGGGAAGGACGCUCCAAUGCUCACAUAAAAGGAGACUACCAGCGCAUUGGAGAUGUCAUGCUUAAGAACCUACAAGGCUUGAAGCCCUUGUCAGCAAACUUUCACAAGCAGUCUGAAGUGCUGCUGGAGCUGGAGAAGGCGUGCAGAGGGUCCCGCAGGCUAGAGAGUCUCUGCAGGGACUUUGAGCUGCAGAAGGUCUGCUACGUCCCCCUCAAUGUGUUCAUCCUGCGGCCUCUGCAUCGCCUCAUCCACUACAAACAGAUCCUGGAGCGCCUGUGCAAACACUACCCGGCUACUCAUGUGGACUUCAGGGACUGCAGAGCUGCUCUGGCAGAUGUGUCUGAGGUGGUGGAGCAGCUCCAGGGAAGCUUAAUCAAGAUGGAGAACUUCCAGAAGCUUCUGGAGCUGAAGAAGGAUUUGAUUGGCGUUGACAAUCUUGUUGUGCCUGGACGGGAGUUCAUCAGGUUAGGUUGCCUCAGCAAGCUAUCUGGAAAAGGCCUACAGCAACGAAUGUUUUUCCUGUUCAACGACGUCAUUUUGUACACGAGUCGAGGGAUGACGGGGACCAAUCAGUUCAAAGUGCACGGGCAGCUGCCUCUGCACGGCAUGACAAUCAGAGAGAGUGAGGAUGAGUGGGGUGUGCCGCACGCCUUCACACUGGUUGGAGAGCGGCAGUCAGUGGUGGUGGCAGCAAGUUCAUUGAAGGAGAUGGAAAAGUGGAUGGAGGACAUAAAGGGGGCGAUAGAGACGGCAAAAACCAGCAAUGGGCCUUCAUCUGAUAUCCUGAGCAGCAAUCUGACAGAUGGCAACAAAUGCCCUGAGGACUCCUCGGUGGAUGCAGAGUCUGAGGACGACUUAACAUCCCUGCAUACCUCGCUGGACAAGCCGGCUCCUCACCGUGGUAACACCAUGGUGCACGUGUGCUGGCACAGGAACACCAGUGUGUCCAUGGUGGACUUUAGCAUAGCUGUGGAGAAUCAUCUGUCAGGAAACUUACUGAGGAAGUUCAAGAACAGUAACGGCUGGCAGAAACUCUGGGUGGUCUUUACUAACUUCAGUCUGUUUUUCUACAAGUCUCACCAGGAUGAUUAUCCCCUGGCCAGCCUUCCUCUGCUGGGUUACUCCGUCACCAUCCCCACAGAGUCUGAAAACAUCCACAAAGACUACGUCUUCAAACUGCAUUUCAAGUCCCACGUCUACUAUUUCAGAUCAGAGAGUGAAUACACAUUCGAGAGGUGGAUGGAGGUGAUCCGCAGCGCCACGCUCCCCUCAGGUGGCCCUCGCUUCCUAAACAGCAAAGAGCCCCACCCUCACUGAUCAGCUCACCUCGUCUCCACACACCGCCUCCCUCUUGUGGCUCUGACCGGCCCCUUCUGUCCUCCGGGACUCUUUGUUUUUCUUUUCUACGCAUAUCUGGGACAUUUGUACAUGUGUCCAUGCACAUUUGGUGCUUUUUUUAAUGCUUUAAUGGUGACAUGUCCGCUGGUUUAGACUGCAUCAGAGACUGCAUUUUUUGGCAUUUUUACUCUCAACUCUGAAACCUCUUUUUUAAGGAUGUCAUUUUAUACUGUUUUCUAACGGUCUGAACCACUUCCUAUCUGUCUGGUUUUACAUUUUUGUCAUUGGUUGUUUUUACAGCAGGAUUAUGUUUAUGUAGAUACCCAGAAUUCCCUCUUAGAUGCUUCAACUAUCACUGCAUCAUCAUUAUGUUUUGUCCACUUUUUCUUUUAACGGAAAACUGCUGCUUUGAAAAUGCCCUGCAACUUCAGUGCCAAACUGGUUUAUAUUAAUGUCCUGGACUUUUUGAUGCUAUUUUAUUACAUCGGAGAUGAGGAGCGUCUCCUGUACUGUAGACAAUGAAAUUUAAAAUCAUGUGAAACAGGCCACCCUUUAACAUUAAUGCUGGGUUUAACCUGGCCCGGCACAAUGUGUUCUUGUUAAAAAAAAAAGUGUUUAAAAUAUGAAAUUAUUUUGUUGUAUUAUCGACAUAAAGUAGGAUUGAUCACAAUGUGGCCAGGGGUAGCUGCCAUCACAGUUUAAUGCUAUUUCUAGUAAAUACUCUGUUGUAUGAAUAUGUCUCAGACAAGUUUUUUAUGAACUAAAGUUCGUCUGCAGCUGUGAGAGAAAAUGUGAGACAUGUUCAUAAUCUCUGGAUUAUGUGGCUGAGUGUUAUGGAGAGUUUUAAAAGAUUAUGUGUGAAACAAAAGAGAAACUUUCAGUUCCAAGCGCCGCUGCCCUCACUGAACUCACAGAUACCAGAUUCCUUUAUGGGUCCGAGUGAAUGGAAAUAUGCAUAUCGAUCAUGGGGUUUAGCAGUGAAGCAAAUGAAGUGGAAAACCUCAGUUCUGCUUAGAUUUGAAGUGUUUUUCCAGAUUACAGAGAGCUCUUUGGAAAUGAAAGCAAUAAAAAAAUCUUAUUCAAACUGAAA